GGAGCGACGGGCAGUUUGCGGGCGGAGGGAAAGGGAGGCGUCGCCGGGCAACUGUCGCGGCGCGAGAACGGGCACAAGGGCGCGAGGGGGAGCGUGAAGGCGAGCUCGAGCGAUCGCAGGGGCAACGAGCGGCCGUCGCCGAGGCAACCGCGGCCGGGCUCGGGAUCAUCGUGCGGCCGUCGCCGGGGUAACCGGGGUCGGGGUGGACGGACGGGCGGCAAUGCCGGAGGCCACGCUGAGGGAACAGACGCUGGGACUGGCCCAGGACUACCUGCAGCAUUGCCUGGGCCCGGGCCCGGGCUCGACGGGUCGCCAGCAACAGCAGCAGCAGCAGCAGCAGCAGCAGCGGCCGCCCGACAAGACGGCCUGCACCCUGCGCAAAGUGGCCGACCAGAUGGUGGAGCAGCACCAGGCCGCCUUCAGCAGCAUGAAGAGCCGGCUGGACAACGGCCUGCAGGUCUACGCCAGGCCGAGGAGCGGGCCCGGAGCUGGAGCCGGAGCUGGAGCCGGGCCUGACAAGCAAGAGGCGGCCGAGGCCCAGGCCCAGGCGGCGGCAGACUUCCUGCGGCGGGUGGUGGAGGAGAUGUCGGCCGACGAGAAGAUGAACUGGGGCCGGGUGGUGAGCAUAUUCGCCUUCGCCGGCGUGCUGGGCCGCCAUCUCCGCGACUCGGGCGUCGCCAUGUGGCCCGAGGCCGGGCCCGGCCCGCUGGACAUGCUGGCCGAGAGUGUGGCCAACUACCUGGGCAAGGAGCGGCGCGACUGGAUGGAGCAGAACGGAGGCUGGGAAGGAUUUCUCCGAUUCUUUGGAAGCGAUGACCAUUGGCAAGAGUCAACAGUACGAAACAUGCUGAUAACGGUUGCUGGCUUUGGUAUAGCUGGAUUAGCGUGCCUUCUUGCCGUCCGAUAGACUGCAAGAAACGCAUUGGAACAGCUGCUAACAUCCUAGAAGAUAUAAAUUUCUCACGCACAAUGUUUUCCAAUUUUAUAUCUCCAUUUUUAUAAUAUAUCUGGAUGUUGCCAUCAUAUGGAACAGAGCAGCAAAACAGUAUGGAGAUUCUCAAACAUUUGUCUGCAGUUUGCUAGUGUUAAGUUUGUUUAAUGUACACAAACUUUUUAAAAGGUAUACGGUCUACAGUACAAUGAAGUAUCCUUUAAUGUUUUCAGAAGGCAUUGAGCUUGAAUAAUUGGAGGUCUGAUUUAUUGUGGGAUGGUGUGGAAAAUGAGGGGAAGUAUCUGCAGAAUUAUGAAUCCUUUCUUCUAGUCCCACAGUAUCGCAAAAGAAUUGCACUAAUCGUUGGAGUAAAUUGGCUAAAGUAUUGCAUAACCAAAUCCAUUUGGAUGCUUUUGUUUAUGGCAGUGUGUAUGUGUCUGUGUUAUAGUCAGAAACCAGCUUUUGUGCCCUGGUCGAAAUUAAACUUCACAAUCUACAGUUUGUCCAUUUAUGGCAAUGAGUGUUAUCUGUGUUUUUCAGACUUGAGUUAAAAGAAACAGCUUUACCAGAAAGACUCAAUUUCCAUUGGAAUUGAUAAUGAAACGCCAUUGUAAUGGCACUGGUCAUUUGGUGUGAACUGUAAAUCGUCUCGUACCUGAAUAUUUCCACGUGUACUGUUUUCAAACUAGUGAUGGAAAAUGGUGCAUCCAUCCUGCAAACUUGCAUCAAAAGAAGAAAAUUUUGCCAACACAUAGAAAAGUAAAGCACAGGGACGGGCCCAUUAGCCCAUGAUGUGUGUGCCGAAUGGGAACAUUCUCUGCAUAUCCAUGUGCCUAUUUAAAUGCCUCUAUCACACCUGCCUCCAUCAUCAUGUCUGGCAGCGCCUUCCAGACACCUCCAGAACUUUGCCCUUCUCGCCUUAAAGCUAUCGCCUCUAGACGUGGACUUCUAUCUUGAGGGGUGGGGAGGAAAGAAAGAAAGAGGUUCUGUCUGUCUACUCUGUCUUUGUCUCUCAUAAUUCCAGAUGUUUCUAACAGGCCUCCCCUCAACCUCUGGUGUUCCAGAGAAAACAGUCUGGAUAUGUCCAACCUCUUAUUGUAGCUGGUGCAUUCUAUCCAGGCAGCAUUCUGGUAAACCACCUGUGCACCCUCUCCAAAGCCUCCACGCCCUUCCUGAAACGGAGCAACCAGAACUGCACACAAUUCUCCAAAUGCGGUACAACCAAAGUCCUGUAAAGCUGCAUCAUGCUCUGCUGAUUCUUGGAUUCAAUGCUCUGAUAAAAGCAAGGAUACCAUACCCCUUUUUUUUGCUACUUUCAGGGAGCUAUAGACAUCAAUGAUGAUAAGAAUCUGGCCAUUAACAGUAUAUUUCCCCAUACAUUCAAUCUCUCAACCUCAGACUUGUUCAAAUUAAACUCCAUCUGCCAUCUUAGCUGAUCUAUACCCCAUUGUAUACUUUGACAGCCUCCUUCACUGUCUGCAGCUCCAGCAAUCUUGGUGUCGUCUGGAAACUUGUUAACCAACCCACCUGCAUUUAUGUUUCCAACCAACAUAAAUAUUAAACGUUCCACUGUACAUUUCAAACUAUGAAGGUGCCUCGUAUACAAAUGUGGCAGAGAAGGCUCCUAAGUGUACCAAGUCAGUUAUUGACAUUGCUCGUUCAUUAUUUAAACUAAAGCAGGAAAAGGCGAUUGAAUGACAUGUUAGUUUUUGUACAAUUUGUAUUAAUGUCACAUUAUAAAUAUAACAAUAAGCAUUUAGAAAAGCCAUGAUUUAAAAUGGGCAUUUUGCAGUCUGUUUAACUUUUGGCACCCGUUACUGUUUACCCUUGUAGUACAUAAAUCAUAAUAUAUACUCUAUGCUCUUGCUAUUUAAAUGGGUGAAGCAUGUUAUUUUCAAUUCUUUGAAAUGGGAUGUUGAAAGGAUCAACAAUUAUUUCUGUACAAUUAAUUGAAGAUGCCCAAGAUCAGCAGUUUCCUGUGUAUUAUAGUAUGACUGUUUUACGUUAAUCUUUAAUACUUUGUAUUUUUCUACUUGUUUUAUUAUGUCUAAUGUCAACCUUAGUUAUGAAUUGUAGUCAGUAAAUCUACAGUUGUGACUAAUUUA